ACUCCAUUCCGUAGCGGUAGGCCACAGAAGAUCUCCCCUUCACCUCUGGCCUGGCGACUCCAGAUCUUCCCUAGGUCCCAAGCAUGCCAGUCCGAUCACCGAAACCGUAAACUUCUUGGCUACCGUAAGAAGGCUGCAUCAACUACGCGCGUGUUCCUGAGUUGGCAGAGUUCCAUAGUCCCUGAGUUGCUGUGUUCUUCUCACAUCGUCACUCAAAUCAACUUCAAGGCACAGCACGGCCAUUCGUCGCCAAGACCUCCACUGAAACAGAUUCGCGAGCAAAGAUUCGCCAAGCUUCAUGCACCCGAGAACCUAACUUCACAUCCCAAUGAUCCCACACAUCGUCCCUCAAUGUCUCUCCCCCUCGAGCCUCGAGCCUCGAGCUAG